AUGAUUAUUAUUGUUUUCAAUUUUCAUAGAUCAAAGUUCGGUGGUUGCAAGGCCAUGUUUCGUUUACUGUAUGCUGUGAACUGGUUCGUCAUAUCGUCGUCGAGGAUGAUACAUAACCAUCCUUGUGAUGAGAAGUGCUUGAAGAAUGAUCCUUCGUUCAGAAGACUAAGUGAAGAUCAGUUGAAGGUUGUUCUACCGAUGGUUAGGACUGGAAGUAGUGCUGAAUCUAUUGUUAAGUAUGCAGAAGAAAAUUUCGAAAAGACAAUAACAGUGCAUUAUGUCAAUAAUUUAAAAUAUAAAUUUGUCGAACGUUGUGGAAGUUUAAACGAUGUAAUUGCAACCUUAUGGAACAAUGGAAAAUUGUUCGUUUCUUGUGGGGGUGUGGCUAACCAGGUCACAAAGAUAGCAUUUAGCACACACAAGCAAAUUGUAACGUACAAACGGUUCCCUGAAUUGUGUGUUUGGAUUCAACAUACAACACGAACAGGGGAAA